AAAAUAUAUUUUUGCAUUAUUUUUCUAUUCAUUUUUUGUAUCCUUUUAAUAUAUACAGUAACAAAAUACUCGUUUUAAACAUUACUCUGUGAUGAACAAAAUAAAACAUUAUCACAAUUUUGAUUCUGUUUAUUUUGACCUUACAUUAAGAAUGAUUAAGGAAAAAAACAUUAUUAUUUACGAAUAUAACCUAUCAUUCGAUAACGCAAGACUUUAAAUCACUAAGAUAUUACUACGUCUUAUAUAAUUAAGUAUAAAUAUUAUAAUAUUUUGUCCCCUGAAACAGUUGUUGAUUGCGCGUAACUUAGCAAAGAUCAGCGUUAUCGAACUGACCUUAGUUCUUAGCCCUAAAGUUAAGUAAAUUUGACCUGAUUUUAAAAUAUAUCGAGUGAUAAAUACAAAAGUUCAGUCUGUUCAAUCAGCUAGAUACGACAACUAAAGGUUUCGGAAUCAAAGUGAAGUUUUGUGCAAAUCUUAAAUCUAGUGUUCGUAUCCAAGUUAAGGAAGUAAAAAACCUUCAAGCAUCAAGAUGAAUAAAACCUUAUUACUCCUAGCGUCUACACUUCUGGUCUCGCUCGCCAUACUGUCCAUUACCGAAGCCAGAUCAUGCAAUCUCGAACGUUCGCGGUGCGACAACGAUAAAAAGAACAAUUGUGAUGACUCCAGCUCCUCUUCAUCAUCAUCAUCAUCGUCAUCAGAAGAAGACGACAACCGUUGUGGCAAUAAAUGUGGUGAUGACUCCAGCUCUUCGUCGUCAUCGUCAUCUUCAUCAUCUGAGGAGAGUGGCAAAAAGUGUAGCAGUAAAAGAAGAAAAGGUUGUCGAGGCGAUGACUCCAGUUCCUCAUCAUCGUCAUCAUCAUCAUCUGAGGAAGACGGCAACAAGUGUAGUAGUCAAAGAAAAAAAGGUUGUAAGGACAGUGACUCCAGUUCAUCAUCAUCAUCCUCAUCAUCAUCAUCAUCAUCAUCAGAAGAAGACAGCAACACAUGUGGCAACAGUAAGAAUAAAGAUUCUUCUUCGUCGUCAUCAUCAUCAUCAUCUUCAUCGGAAGACGACAACAGCAAUGAUUGCGGGAAAGCAGGUAAGAAGUCCAAACACUUGAAGAGAGGUUGUAGCGGCGUAAAGAACUAAAAUUUGAACACUGUGUUGUAUGAGGUGCAUCGAUUGUAGACCCUAAGUGUUAGUUAACAAGAUUCAUUGUGACAUAUUAAUGAUAUUACCUAUGUAAAUGUAUUAAUAAAAAUUGUUGGUUA